AACAGAUCGACACUCAGGGCUUGAAUAAAUAUUCCGUAUAUACAAUAAAAGAGACACUCACCAGGAGAAUAAUGAACAAGGCCAAAACGUCACUGAACCACAAGCCAGAGUACGGCAGUUGAAAUGUAGGGUAGCGAUAGACUUGGAAGUGUCGGCACGUCUGGGCCGCGUAUCAAACAGCAGGGAGGCAGCAUGUUUCCGUAUGUGGUUAGUUCAUAGAACCUUGAGAGCUCAGUUGCCACUCCUAAAUCUUAACAGUGCAGUCAGACAGUGACACGGCGGGACACGAACGUUCAGCUUUAUGUAGAUGUGGAAUCAAUUGACAAUUACUACAGUCCAUGUACAGAACUUUCCCAUCUACGCAAAAGACUCCAAUAUUUCCAGCUAGCCAACAUGAUUUAUCCAAUCUCGAUACAAACAAACUUGAACCAUCUUGAUACAUACAACAGAUCCCCAGGAAACUUGACAUUGUACAGGUGACUCUCAGGACAGCCUGGACCUACUCCUCAUGACCGAGGUAAGCCCAGUAGUGCUGUUCAUCAACUCAUUAUGGUAUUGGGAAAUAGUCGCGUUACAAGCGGCUGCCCGUCUUCAGAAAACAGUAAACACGCUUACAGGCGAGAGCCGUGGAUGACCUUCAUGUCAACGGCGAGCUCACGAGCACCGUCGUUGAGGACGAGGACACGGACGGAGCCACGGCCGGACUCGAAAGCGCUGCUGAGGCGGGAGUAGAGGUUGGACUGGUCAAUGACGGGGAGACCCUGCUUGACGUCACCUGUCUCAGUCAUGGCAACGAUCUGACCCUCCUGCAUGUCGAGGACACGGUACUGCUUGAAGACAGGGCCGAGCAUGGACUGAACGACAACGCUGGGGGCAGGGUUGGAGAUGAAAGAGGACUCCUCGUGGAGCUGCUUGGUGAAGAGAUCGACACCAAGGUAGCGGUACUGACCGGUGGCAGAGGAGGUAGAGAUGCGGAUGACCUGGCAGGGGCGGCCCUGGAGCAUCAGGAAGUCACCCAGACGGAUAUGGUGGCAGGGGAUGCUGACGGUGUUGGGAAGGCAGUCAGCAGAGGGACGAGGACCCUCGUGGAUGUCAAUCUCAAUAUCGCGACGACCUCCAUGGGCAAUGCGAUCACCGAGCUUGUGAGCACCGGCGCGGAAAGAGUUGUAGUGACCUGCUGACAAGUUAGCUUGGACUGUUCGCGAGUUUAUUACUCCAAGAUUUGGUAUUCACUAACCGUCGUCGUCGUAGUAACCCAUCUUGGACUUGUUGUUGUCGACCUUGGUAGUUUCGACGGUUUCUUCAGUGAAUCUCACGUCCUUCUUGUUAGAUGGACGAGCAACAGGCGUGUCAACGGUGAAGUUGUUGACCUGAGUUGUCUUGGUAUCGCGGUACUGGGGCUGGGAAGAGCGGCCGUCAACAGUGAAGUUGUUGAUUUCAGUCUUCUCAGAAGUGUAUUGAGGUCGGGAAGAACGGCCGUCAACAGUGAAGUUGUUGAACUCGGUCUUCUCGGUCUGGUUGUACUGAGGGCGAGAUGAACGUCCGUCAACGGUGAAGUUGUUGAUUUCAGUCUUCUCGGAGGAAUAGAAUUGGGGAGCGGGUCGGCCUUCAACGGUGUAGUUGUUGGCUUUGAAGUUGUCUUGAGUUUGGUAGUGAGAGGGAGAGUGAGAGUGGGAAGUAGGGUCUUCAGUGGAAAAGGCUUGGGCAGGGCGGUAACGCUGGCGGUAUUCACGUUCAGCGAGAUCGAUGGGGGUGGAGUAGUAGGGAUGACGGUGGGUGUCGACCUCUACGUGAGUGUGAGAAGUUUGGUAUUGGGAGGGUGGUUGGUACUGAGAGGUAUCUCGCUUGCGUAUCAUAUGGCAACGGGAGGCGGGCGGCCCCUGAGGUAGCUCCACCGCCUUGCUCAGGCCAGAAGGCUUAAGCGCACUAGUGGACCGGGGAUGUGAAGCAAAAGCAAAUUGGGUACCCAGCCAAGCUGAGGUGGUUGGCGCGGUAGCGUACAUGGGUAGGGGUGUGAUGUGAGACGGUGUGUGGUGAGAUGUGAUGUGAUAAAUUGAGAUGGCUGGGGGGACUCAAGGGGCCGAAGCGCCUGUGUUGAGUGGGUUGUGGCCAGCCGAGUUGAGGAAAGCGAAAGUGAAAAUCGGACUGCGGAGGAAAUGCUCAGGGGGGAACGGCAAUUGCUACCGUCACAAGUGAUAGAAGACAUGCUUUGACAUGUUCCAUCUGAUCAACUUGGAGGAGAGAGAACUGCUCUGACCUGGAGGGCAAUGAUUUCGCAGGCCAUUGCGGACUCGUCUCGCACGGUCGGCAAACAGGUAGAAAAUGGGCAAUAUCAAAACCAGGGGGCCAAGGAAGUUGUAAAAUCGGACAUACCGUCGCGAGUCUUCACGGAUAGUAAAGUGCUCUUCUUCGUGCUCGAAUUUUUGGACACCGGGACGGCGGUAACGUUCUUCUUCACGCGUAAUACGGACCUCUUCUUCGCUAAAGCGUUGCUCUCCGCGAGGAGGAACCUGUUCGGCGGUGACAGAGACAGAAGAGUAUUGACCUUCCCGUCCGGCUUGGGGCUGUUGGGGUUUGAUCUCAACCUCUUCGUGGGUUUUUGUUUCGGUAACGGUCUGGGUAUGGGAUUCGGAUUCCCGAUAUGUCGAUGGGAAGAUGCUAAAGGGAACGGGGACGCGAGCCUCAAAGUCCAGAUUUGCGACUUUUGAUGGCGCGAGAGAAGCUUCUCAUACAACCUUCCGAAACUCGAAAGGAAGACAAGAAGUUCUCUGGCUCUUGUUCCUAGAAACAAAAGUCGAAGAGAAUGGAAAAGAAUCGGUAGAUGGCGAGCGAGGGCCUUCAGUCGUUCUUUUCUUCUUGUCUGGGUGAGGUUUUGUUUUGACGAUGUUGAUGUGGAUGGCGAUAAUUGGAGGGAGUAGGAGGAGAAGAGGGACCGAACAGGACGCAGAACGAAACUGGGCUUUUGAAGACGGGGGCAGGAUUGGACGACUUGUGCCAAACUGAGCGUUGUGUUGCUCCCUCGGCAGCGCUGUGUCCUGUUGAUCCGUUCUGUCCUGUUCUGUCCCAGCCCUUUCUCACGCACUUUGCCCUCUCCAUCGUUUUACCUCUUUCUCUCACCCCCAUGGGCGUGUCGAUUGUCUCUGGGUUGUUGUCGCCGAUUGCUUGUUUACCACUCGUCUUGUUUACUUGCCAGGGGGUUAGUAUGUCGUUCUAUUUACCUCUUACCAAAUCGAGUAUAGGCCUGAGACCUAAUCCCCGUAUGUGGUAGUCCCAUCCACUCACUAUGAUUAUUGCAGCCCCGUCUUGGCUGCGGAGUGCCACUUUUAUCCCUUCCUCCUGCGUCUCAGCCAGAGACAUUCAGCCAGCCAUCGAAGCUCUCGAAGCUCUUUGCCUUAUCUGACCUAGCCUGACCUCAGCUUCAGCCAGUCACGAAGAGGCCAGCUACCUAGCUGUCCGCGUCGUCAGCACAGGUUGCACAGCUAUCCGCCCAUCCUGUUCCACGCAAUUCCUCUUCCAGCUCCGAUCUCCUCUCGUCCUUGCACGUAUCCGAAGGGCCCAUGCUUUCAUGGCUCCCAACUGCCAACUCCUAACAUCAACAGUAAUAGAAAGUGGAACACAACCCCAUAUACGAGAGAUGAGACAUCGCAUCCGUCACCGCUCCGCAUCCAUUGAACCUGGGUGACCGUGAUGAGCGGCAUCCCGUCAUUUCAAAGGCCUGGGGUCGAAGAUCUUCCCCUGCCUUCAAAUUCAUCUAAAGUUCUACCCGCACCAGCGCUCCGUUCCUGGCAAUUGGAAGAGCCUGCGUUGUUAACAAAACAACAAAACGAAGACUGUCCAGUGACAAUUCCUCUUGAACGCCACAUAAGCACCAUGUUUAAUCAGGGGGCGGGGACCAGCAUCCAGGUACUUUGAGCGCUACCACACAGUAUCCCCAACCACUCAUUUUAUCAUUUCACCACAUGGCUGUCUGUCUGAUUGACGAAACUUGAAAGAUGAUAAGGACUGCCCAUUCUGAAAGUGCCGAACUGCACUACGCAUUUCAUGUAUUCGAUCAAGAUUGGCCGGAGAAAGGGUGACAAGCGCGAAACGGAAUCAAGUCCUCAGACCUCAGUGAUAGAUACCUAGUUGGGCAACGCCGCAACGACUGUUUGAGGGGCUCAUGCAAGUUGCAACCUUUCUCCCAUUGGCUGCCAUGUGAAAUCCCAACCUCCCCAAUUUAAGUAACUUUCGAAUUGUUCAAACCGGCGCACCAGCUUUAUUCACCUGCAGCACCAGCGGCUGAUCAGGCAUGAAAUCAGUCGUAAUGAGCCUGCCGUUGCUAUCGUGGAAGCCAACCAUUGGACCUUGAAGCAUCGUUUUAUGCAAAUGCAUUAAUCAGUGCAAGUGCUGUUCAGUGGUCGCUCCCCAAACGUCAUGAUGCGAAUUACUGUAAAGUCAGUGUGUUCCUAACCUUGCCUCGGUAACGGUUUGGCCUCAGAAACUGGCGUUGAUGGUGUCGAGCUGAGCAGGCUAGGCAUGGCAUCGCUUUGGUUGGCCUCCU